UCUACACGCAGCUUUAGCCCGCGCUUCCAAGCUUUCCACUCAACUCACAUCCUAACAAUCUACAUCUGGAGGUAGCCUAACUUCGGAAACAUAAUUUGAGCCUCUGGAAGGUCCUCGGUUAUUAUCUAUAGCUGCCUGCCUAGCCACCCUUCGAGUUAAGAGCUCCUAACCGGCUUAUUCGAAACUACAUAUUCGUAUAUUAUAAAACCCCUUAAAGUCAACGCUUCACGAUCGUGUUCUGUCGAUAGAUCUUCUAGUCCAAUCAAGAACAAUUUUCGCCAGCCUUUGAAGAUCAGCUCUAUUAGUCAUGAACGUUCUUAAGCUUCAGAGGAAAUUUCCUCAAUUCGAACAAGGCGACAUAUUCGGCCUUACCGAUGCCUUCCGCAGGCUCGACGUCGACGAUAAGGGCUACAUUGACGAGGCUACCGCCAUCAAGGCUACCCAGCAAAGCGAGCGACAGCCUUACGAUGUCGUUAGACAGGCUUUAAGAGAAGUUGAGCUCGAUGCUUCCCGAAGAGUUGAACUCGAAGACUAUGUCGGCUUAAUCGCUAAACUGCGCGAAUCCUCACCUGCGCAACGGCGUAUGAACACUGGGGGUGCUGCGCCGGUUGCUCCUGCUGGCAUUGUAUCUCAAAGAACAGGUGGACAAGGGCAUUCCUCCAAAGGAAGCAUCGGCAAGAUUCACGUCCAAGGCUCCAGUGCCAAUAUCACUCAUACCAUCAACGAAGAUGAACGAACCGAAUUUACCCGCCACAUUAAUGCUGUCUUAGCCGGCGACCCCGAUAUAGGGAGUCGAUUGCCCUUCCCGACAGACACUUUCGAGAUGUUCGACGAGUGCAAAGACGGGUUGGUGCUAGCCAAACUUAUCAAUGACAGCGUUCCCGACACCAUCGACGAGCGUGUUCUGAAUGUCCCCGGCAGGAAGGUCAAAAAGUUGAAUACGUUCCAUAUGACAGAGAACAACAACAUUGUCAUAGAAUCUGCAAAAGGUAUCGGCUGUUCAGUCGUCAAUAUUGGUAGCGGUGAUAUCAUCGAAGUCCGAGAACAUCUCAUUCUAGGUCUAAUCUGGCAGAUUAUUCGGAGAGGUCUCUUAGGCAAGAUUGAUAUUAAACUUCACCCUGAGCUCUAUAGACUGCUUGAAGAAGACGAGACGCUAGAGCAGUUUCUACGCUUACCUCCCGAGCAAAUCCUCCUACGAUGGUUCAACUAUCAUCUUAACGCAGCUGGCUGGCAUCGCCGAGUUAGCAAUUUCUCGAGCGACGUAAAGGAUGGGGAGAACUAUGCAGUUCUUCUGGCGCAAAUUGGAAAGGAUUACGGUUGUAGCAGAGCUCCUCUUCAAACACGCGAUCUAUUACAACGAGCAGAGGAGGUACUGGUCGACGCCGAUAAACUGAGCUGCAGGAAGUUCUUGACACCAAGCUCCCUCGUAGCAGGAAACCCUAAGCUCAACCUAGCUUUUGUUGCUAAUUUGUUCAACACCCAUCCAGCCCUAGACCCGAUUACCGAGGAAGAAAAGCAGCAGGUGGAAGACUUUGAUGCCGAAGGUGAACGAGAAGCCAGAGUAUUCACAUUGUGGUUGAACAGUCUGGACGUACAACCAGCUGUAGUCUCCUUCUUCGAUGACCUUUGCGACGGUACCGUUCUACUUCAGGCCUACGACAAGGUUAUCAAGGGCUCGGUGAACUGGAGACAUGUGAACAAGAGGGCGGCAAGCGGCGCCGAGUUGAUGAGGUUCAAAGCCGUCGAGAACACUAAUUACGCCGUUGAACUUGGCAAGCAGAAUGGCUUCUCGCUAGUUGGUAUUCAAGGAGCGGACAUCACUGAUGGAAAUAAAAUGCUCACGCUGGGCCUUGUCUGGCAGCUCAUGCGAAAGGAUAUUACUCUCACACUUUCGGCUCUAGCGCAACGUCUUGGGAAGCGGGAGAUGACCGACGCAGAGAUGGUAAGAUGGGCGAAUGACAUGUCCCGAAAGGGGGGCCGGAAUUCAUCAGUUCGGUCGUUCAAAGAUCCCGCUAUUGGCAGUGGUAUCUUCUUCUUAGACGUUCUGAACGGUAUGAAGAGCAGUUAUGUCGACUACGACCUUGUCACGCCUGGACGAACCGACGAAGAAGCAUACUUGAAUGCUAAGCUUAGCAUUAGCAUCGCCAGAAAGAUGGGAGCAACGAUCUGGCUAGUGCCUGAAGAUAUCUGCCAGGUCCGAAGCAGAUUAGUUACUACUUUCAUCGGCUCGCUUAUGGCGACUCACGAGAAGAUGCAGUAGAUUGAGGGGUUUUAAUUCUCUUGCGAAAGAAGUGCGCAAAGGGCCUAGGUUACUUCGGAUUAAAAAAGUUGGGGAUUUGACGACGAUAUGUGUUAGUUAGCUUACUGAAUGGCUUGUUAGCCUUGCCCAAAUUCCGAAUACAGUUUUCAUCCAACUAUCUCGUAUCAACUAGAAAAAUGAAUAUCUCGCAUUAUGAGUGAUUUCUUUCGGGAUUAGUAAGCUUAAGAAGGUCAUGUACCUAUAAUAGGUCACAUGUAGUUCGUAGUACUUGGAGAAGGAGGGUGCAGACACAUUCUUACGUUAGAUUAAUUUAUAGUUGUUACCUUUCCAGGAGGCAAGUAAUG